AUGGUGGGCAAGCCGAAGGCCAAGCUCUCGAAGGAGGAGCGCAAGGCCAGGAAGAAGGCGCGCAGGGAGGCGGCCCGCCUGCGCCGCAUUCAAAAAGAGAUCCAGGCGAAAAAGGACCGGCUGGACAGGGAGACGAAGGCCACCGAGGUGAACGCCGCCACCAUCAAGAGCAAGUGGAGGAGCAUCCUGCGCCGCCUGCGCGCCCCGCAGCUGCAGGACGACUUCUUGGCCCUGCGGCUGCGCUCCGAGCGCCUCAUGGACAUGAAGAGGGCUAUGAUCGAUGAACUCCGUGAGGCGCUAGACUUCGCCAACGACCAGACGCCCCCCUAG